AUGUCAGAAGCAGAUCCGUUGGUUCCGGAUAAUAAAGUGUCGAGCUUCUCAUCCAUACCGACUGGUCCAAUAAGGACAUCGACUCCGAUUACUAGUGGGAAUGUUAAUCCUAAGAUUGCCAAUCCCUUGCCCAUGGCUCAAGCCAACAAGACAUCCAAAAUAGCACAAUCACCAAAAAUAGGACUACAGAGAACCAGCAGAACUUCACAGAAGCUCAAGCUUUUGCCUGAAGACCCCACAUUGGAAGAGAUAGUUGGUGAUAACAGCACCAAUGGAGUGUACUCCCAAGUGAAGAAGAUUAAAGAUACUCUAGCCAGGAAAGAUGCAGAGAUACUAGGUAAGCUGCAUAGAGAUUUGUUACCCCGAGUUACAGCAUAUUGUACUUGUGGGUCAUACAAGAUGAAGGAAUUAGUCAGAUGGUUAAAGGAUAGAAAGCGUAUUCAUAACACGAGUCCUAAACUCUUUGACGAAUGUUUAUAUACCCCCUUUGUUUAUAAGGACUGGAGAAGCGAUAAUCAUGGAGAUGGUAGUAAUAAUAAUGGUGAAGCAGAUAACAGAUUGAUAAGACUAGCAGAUGAAGGUGGAGAGAUUGAUAUUGGUAAGAGGAAUGAUGUGUUUAUCUUUGAAUAUGGUGUCAUUGUUAUGUGGGGAUAUAAUACUAAAGAAGAAGUAGCCUUUCUUGAUGAUUUGGCCAAAUUUGAAUCAGAAAAGUUAUCAGGUGAAGAUGUUCAAGUUGAAGAGUUCAAUUAUUAUAUUACUCAAUCGUACCAACCUCGGAUAUAUAAUGAUUUCAUUACCUUAAGAGAUGAUUCCAAUUAUAUGUUGAAGCUUUCUAUAUCGCAUGCUUUGGCUCAAUCGGUAAAGAUCUCCUUGUUUGAAGAGCUUGUUGAUAAUACCAUUGAAGAUACUCAAGACAUUCCUCAACAGAUUGCUUUAACAGGUAAGGUUGAAAUGACCAGAGACGAAAUCAUGAAGCUGAUUGGGGAAUUGUUCAUCUUGAGAAUUAAUAUUAAUUUACACGGUUCAGUUUUGGAUUCUCCAGAGUUGAUGUGGGCCGAACCUCAUUUAGAACCGAUUUACCAAGCUACAAGAGGAUAUUUAGACAUUAACCAACGUGUGGAAUUGUUGAAUCAAAGAUUGGAAGUUAUUAGUGAUUUGUUACAGAUGUUGAAAGAACAAUUGGGUCAUAGUCAUGAAGAGAACUUGGAGUUUGUGGUUGUGGUAUUAGUUGGGGUUGAAGUAUUGGUUAGUAUUGUUACGAUAUUACUUGAUGUGUUUUCAUAUUAA